AUUGAAUCUGCCAACCCUGGUUCCGUUCCGUUUCCCAAACCCGUAAUCUGUGGAAAUUCGGAACGCGGCGACCGGCGUUUUUUUAUUUUGCUAAAUGGACGCUGGAAAACAAAAAAUCAAACCAAAUAGGUACCGCCUAGUUUUAAAUUUCAAUCAAUCAAGAUGAAUACCAUGGACACGAAAAUUAAAAAAUGUUGUCCAAAUUGCAGUCAAUUUUACCAGCUGAAACUUACGACAUCUCCAUCAAAAGGAAAUAUACCUUUAUUGCUGACAUGUGGACAUUCAAUGUGUGAAAAAUGCAUCGGAAACAUUGUGAAGUUCAUGGAACCUAUUGAAUGCAAAAUAUGUACUCGAGACAUGGAAGUAAAACAAUCAGAUUUAAUGUUACUCUCACAGAACAAAAUGAAAUUGUAUGAUAUAUUCCCUAUAAAUAUUUUUAUGCUGGGUGAACUCACUAUACAGCUUAUGGAGGAGUCUAAUGAAAAGAUGCAGAAACUUCACGAAACUGAUGACUAUUAUAUUGACUUACAAUCUAUAAUCAAGAGUAGUGACAACACCCAAGGUGAAUGCCUAGAGUGCCAUAAAUCAACAACUAAAAUGUGUCAACAAUGUGCUACAAUUUUGUGUGACACAUGCUUCAAUAAAUCUCAUAAAAAUUUUGUUAUCUUCAAAAACCAUAUUCUGACUAAUAUAGAACCUGUGAUGGAACUAAACUAUUGCAAAGUGCACAAAGAAAAACCAUUAGACUAUUACUGUAAGGACUGCUCUAAAAGUAUCUGUAUGGAUUGUAUGAUGGUUGGUGGCGAAAAAUCUUGCAAAAAUCAUAAUGUUGUGUCUAUGCAGGAAGUGAAUACAGACUUCAUGAAUGAAUUAACACAAGUUUUACCAAAAGUCGAUGAAACCUUCAAAAGAUUGACUAAAACUGCAGUUGACAUUGGUAAUUUGCUUCACAACAUUGAAAAUGACACUGGUUCAACAUCAGAACUCACAAAUAUGAUUUCCAAUAUUGAACAACAUUUUUCGAAACUCUCGUCUCAAAUACAAAGGCAUAAACACGAAAUUAUAAGUAUAAUCGUAAAAUUGAAAUGCUCUGAAAAGGAUUCUUUACGUAAAGCUAAAACUGAUGUCGAGAAUUCUAUCAAAGUUAGCAGGAAAAUAUUGAAUGUUAUCAAAUCCAUUGAUGUAAAUAAAUCAAAACAGUUAAACCUCGUAGCACUUGCGGAAAGUGCUAAGCAAGUUCUUGAAUCACCUUGGUAUUUAAGCAGAGAUGAAAACAACUCCAGUCCUCUCAAGGUCGCAGUCAAUGAAGAUCUGUGUGCUUUAGUCACGGACUAUAUUCAAUUAGAAGGAAACGUGAAAUCCAUAUAUCGGUUACGCUCCACCUCAGAACUGGGAGAAGAUUUUGAAAUGCCACCACCGCCUGCAGCGCCUGUGUUCCCACCUGAUUUACCUAGGGAUGUAAGACAGCAGAUUAAAAUGAAGACAGAAAAGAAAGAAGAAUCAAAACCUGGCUUCUAUAAAACUGUCCCAAAGUAUCAUAGCAAAAGUGACUCUGUUUCAUCACUUAAUUCAUUAGAAAGUGAUUGUUCAUUUAAAAGUUCUUUUAAAAAUGAUAGGUAUCAAAAGCCUAUGAUACAGCCAGUUAUGCCCUUUGAAGAAAGUCAGCAUCCAAAGCAACUACAUGAAGGGUCUCAAGAAAUAAUAUAUAUAUCGCAUAUCGUCAACCCUCACAACUUUUACGUGCAGCGGGCAUGUCACCAAAAGUUGGUCAAAGAAAUGUUGCGAGAAUUCCGUAAUGCUACUUCCUUGCCGAAGCCUUCCAUAAGUCAUGUAGCAGAAGGCAAAGUGUACCUUGUGUUCAAUAACACCGAUAACAUGUGGCAGCGUUGCCGUAUUAUCAGUAUAGACCGAAAAAACAUUGACAAGCCUUUGUUUCACGUUUUUUGCUUUGAUUUCGGAAGUACAGAAGUGGUCAAUAUUGAUAAGUUACGUCUUUUGCCCCCGGCCAGACUACAUUCUCCUUACCCACUGGCUAUCAACUGUUCUUUGGCCAACUGUGUACCAAAAACGGGAAAUUGGACUAGUGACGACGCCAUUCUUAUACAGAAUAUUAUCGAUAAUAAGCAGGCUGUGAUCCACGUUCGCCGCAUACAAUCUACUAGCGACUUCACAGUGAAAUUCGAGUGUGACGUCACCACCUUCGAAGACGGCGUUAGCAUCGCGCACGCUCUCGUAUUCCAUGAAAGAGCAAAAAUGUCUAACCCCAAGCUGCCGUAUCCGAAAAUUCAGGGAGUCAUCGAAAAGCCGAAAUUGUUCGUCAGCAACAAUGAUUAUAAACCAAAAUUUAUUGAAGAAGUUUAUAUUACUCAUAUCUUUAGUCCAGACAAAUUCUACGUGAGAAAGCGUCAUUUACAAAAUCUUUAUGAAAAAAUGUGUGAAGAACUCGAACAAGAAUACAGCCUAAGUGUCAACACUGGAACGAUAUUCCUCCCAGAAAUGAAUAUGGCAUGCGUGGUGAACACUGAGAAAUACAACGUGGAAGGUGCAGCAGGGCCGUGGUCGCGCGGCAUCGUCAUCGAUCUGCCAGGCAGGGCGCGCGUGCGACUCUUAUUGCCCGACAUUGGCAGCACACUGCUGGCGCACUGCAGCGCUCUGAGGCACAUCCAGCCUCGCUUCGUCACCCAGCGCGCCCUCGCCACUGAGUGCUACUUGGCCGGUGUGACUGCCCUCAACAAGAAAUGGAGUCCGGGUUCCGUAGCUUUACUACAGAAGUAUGAAGAACGUUUGCUUGAGCUCCACGUGGAAGAUUGUCGCAAUCGCGGCGCCCUCGGCGUCACACUGUAUGACAAGGCCGAUCCCGAUAAUGAGAUUUGCAUCAACAAAGAAAUGAUCCGAUACAAAUUCGCAGUAUCAUUCGGAUUGUUUAGAUUUAAUAAAAAUGACAUUGAAGAACAAGUUAUCCCUAACAAAACGCCUCUUGAUAAACCUAAAGAAAGUACGCAAGUGAAAAAGAGUGAGAUGACUUUGCUAAAGAAGGAGCAAGCAAUGAAGAAAAUCAAGGAACAGGACUUGGAGGCGAAGGACAAGGGACCACUCAGAUUGGAGGUCAAAGUGUUACACUACCAAUCGCCAUCGUUGUUAUACGUAUCAUUGAUACACCAACAAAAAGUAUUCAAUGAACUUUUUGAGAAAAUUCAGAAAUAUUACUCUACAAAGAAAACAUCAGGCAAAGCCGAUUGGAAUGAAGGCGACCGUUGCUGUUGCCUUUGCGCUCAAUCGCAGACAUGGCGGCGGGCCGUCAUUAUUGAAUUAGAAAACGAAAACGCUAAAGUAUUCUAUUCAGACUUCGCUUGCAUCGAAACGGUGCCAUUAGCUAACCUGAAGGAAUUGGCCCCGGAAUUCGUGUCCAUAGGUGAUGCGGCCAUCAAAUGUCACUUGUAUGGUGUCAUACCGGCAGUCGGAGAAGACUGGCCAUCGCUAACUAAAGAAUUCCUGAAGGAAUUACUUGAUGCAUACAAAAGAGUGUUCAUAACCAAACAUGGAAACUUCAAGAAUAAAAGUAUGCCUGUCGAGGUUUGGGUAUACCAUACUGUACAAGGCGGUGCUUUGGAACCAAACAAAUCCGAAUGGCGUUGUUUAAACGAAAAAAUUAUUGAACAGGGAUUGGGUAUUCCAGACAAAGCAAAAGAAGAGGGUACAAGUACUGAACAAAAUACUACUGACAGCGAGACAUUAUCAUUUUUAAACAUCACUGGUUGUGUGCGAGAAUGGCUCCAAUUGGAGCCACUGCCUACUAAACCACUUAUGAACAAAUCCGAUUCGGAAAGCAUUAAUUCGCCAAUCGAUUAUGAAGAGUCUUCGGAAAAACCUGAUAAUUUCCUGCAACCCUCCAAUACAGUUUUCAUAUCCGAUUGGUUGCCACCAGAACCACUACAGAAUAAAGAGUUUACUGGUAUGCCAACAUACAUAGAUAACGACGGCAUCAUAUAUCUACAUGACAUGGCUCAACAAGACACACUCGAUCUUAUUCGUAAAGCUUUAGAUGUUCGUUUCAAGAAUCCAGAUCCUAAAGCUAAGUAUGCAAAGUGGACAGUUGGCGAACCGUGCAUUGCUAUGUUCUUCUUGGACAGUCGCUUUUAUAGAGGCAGGGUCCUAGAAGUAAAUGAGGAGACUUCUACUUGCCUCAUACAUUAUGUCGACUAUGGAAACGAGGAAACAUGCUCGUUUGCUAAUCUCAGAAAAAGUAUUGCGCUAUACCAAAUUCCUAUACAAGCGCAUAAGUGCGCUCUAGAUCGUAUAAGACCAGUCGGCGCACAAUGGGACAGACAAACUUUAGACUACAUCCAUAAGUCGGUAGUUGAGAAACAAUGUUUCAUAAGAAUAACUGGAGAGAAAAUUGAUGGCGUUCUACCAAUAGAAAUGAAAUAUGACAAACUCUGGAUAAAUGACCACCUAGUCGACUUCGAAAUGGCCUGCUACACUGAUGGCAGUAGGGCGGUCGUUCGUAGAUUCGCUCCUCCCCCCACACAAGGAGACAUCCGAGAACAUAAUGUUGUUGAAUCAGACUCCGGCCCCGAUUAUAUUAUCGAGGAUGAUACUGAUACUGCUGAUAAUUCUGUGUCACAAGAUUCAUUCAAUUUACAAGCCAUGAGUGGUAAAGAUUGGAAUGAGCUGAUAGAAGAAGAUGAUCACACAGAAGACCGUUUUACAACUUAUCCUAAAAACACAAACAAGGAAUUCUUAUGUAAUAUUACUAUAAUCAAUUCCACUGAAACAAUAGAACUUAACAUCAUCCAUGAUGACGAAACCAAUUUAUUAUAUGAAGAAAUGUUUGAGAACCUGCAAAAAGAAGGGCCACUGAUGCCUCCAUUAAACGGUAUCUUCGAAAACAAAGCCUGUGUGGCUCUUUUCCCUGAAGACAACCAAUGGUACAGAGCCUCUAUUUUGCAGUACAGCGAGAGUAAGAAUCAAGUAAAAGUUCGCUAUGUGGAUUAUGGUAAUAUUGAAACUAUUUCUUUGGCUGACGUAAGAGAAAUACGUGAAGAUUACACGAAACUUCCUCCAGGCUCACUACAAGUGAAGCUGCAUGGUGUGAAAAUUAACCCUGACAUAGAUGUUAAUAUUUUAUGCCAAGAGUAUAAUGAUACUUUCUUAAAGAAUAAUGAGAUAUAUCAUGCUGAAGUACGUGAUGUAGAAAAUGAGACGCCAAUCGUCGAAUUGAGAAACGAGAAUAAUGAUUUAGUUUACAAAAACCUCAUAGAAAAGGGAGUUUUUUUCCAAACUUAAAAUCAUUUGUUAGAAUAGUCAUUUUAUAGUUGAUAUAAGUUGUAAUGUCCCAUGUUUUUUCUUUUCAUUGCUAAGUAAGCUAAUUUUUAUUUUUUAUAUUAUGUUGAUUUUUAUACGUUUUCUGGAUAUCAAGUGUGAUGAUACAUGGCAAAAUGUAAAAGUUCGAACUUAAAUUGGCCAAUAAUUUCGUAAUUGUGGUUUGGUGUUGAUUUGAUACUAAAUUUAUAUGAGUAUUGUUACAGCCUACCUGAUAUAUUUUAAAAACCACCUGUUAUUAAACCAUUCCAAAUAAAAAACAUUAAAAUUG